CUGAGGAGGGCACCUGGCUUUCCCCCCGUCUUUGCUGCUAGGUCAAAGAUCCGUGCUUAUCUAACUCACCUGAUUUCUGAAUCAUGGUUUGAGAAGCCUGGCUCUGUGGAUCUCCUGGUGUUAUUUUCCUAAUAGUGAUUUCCUAAGGUCACAGCUUCCUUGUAAUUGAUUGAUGUGAAAGAACAAACGUGCUUCUAUUUCAAACAUAUUGGAGACAGAUUCGACGCCGCACCAUGAGCUUUCAACGGAAAACCAGACUGACAAAGAUUCUGCUCUCCCGAGGCUUACAUUGUGGUGGAUUUAAAAAGUUGUUUCUCAACAUUUCGCGCUGUACCCAUCACCAGCUCUGCCCAGGGCGAGGCGCCUUGAUGCUUGAAGUUCAUUGUGCAGGCAAAGGAGAACACUGUGUCUCCAAGGACCCUUGUAAACUGGCGGCCAAAAUUUGAAAGAACAUAAAUCGCAGGGCAGCAGCGGAAGAGGCUGGGGUCUCUGGAGGUGACUUCUAUUAGCGUACGGGCGAAGUCAGGGGACCUAGCCGGAGCCUGAAAACUUUAAGCCAAACAAACUGAGAUCAUAUCUCCCUCCCGCCACCUCCCUCCGACUAGCCACUACCGCCGCCCAGGGACCGCUGCCCCGGGGUGAACUGGGGAAGGCAGUGGGGAUCGGAGAAGACGGACUCUGCUUUCGCUCCCCUUUCUCCCCCAUCCCUAACAUGGGCUUUGCACUGGAGCGCUUCGCAGAAGCCGUGGACCCGGCUUUCGAGUGCAAGCUGUGCGGCCAGGUGCUGGAAGAGCCGCUGUGCACGCCAUGCGGGCACGUCUUCUGCGCCAGCUGCCUGCUGCCCUGGGCGGUGCGGCGGCGCCGGUGCCCGCUGCAGUGCCAGCCCCUGGCGCCCCGCGAGCUGUACCGGGUGCUGCCGCUGCGCAGCUUCAUCCAAAAGCUGCGCGUCCAGUGUGACUACCGCUCCCGCGGCUGUGGCCACUCCGUCCGGCUGCAAGAGCUGGAGGCGCACGUCGAACACUGCGACUUCGGACCUGCCAGCCACCUCCGCAGCCUCGGGGGCUGCGCUUCGGGGCCGGACAGUGGGGAGGUGCCGGCGCGGGAGGGCUGCGGGCCGGCACCAGGGGCCGGCUGGGGCGGGGGCGCUCGCGGGGGGCCGCCGGGCGGCCUCUGUGGCCGCGGGCGGGGACCCAGGCCUCGGGUACUCGCCUGGAGGCGGCGCGAGAAGGCGCUGCUGGCGCAGCUGUGGGCGCUGCAGGGCGAGGUGCGGCUCACUGCGCGCAGGUACCAGGAGAAGUUCACGCAAUACAUGGCUCACAUCUGCAACUUCGUCGGGGACCUGGGUGGCGGACACCGCAGGGAUGGAGAAAAUAAGCCAUUCACUAUUGUGUUAGAAAGAGAAAAUGAUACUUUGGGAUUCAAUAUUAUAGGAGGUCGACCAAAUCAGAAUAAUCAGGAAGGAACAUCAACUGAAGGGAUUUAUGUUUCAAAAAUUUUAGAAAAUGGACCUGCCGACAGAGCAGAUGGCCUGGAGAUUCAUGACAAAAUCAUUGAGGUCAAUGGGAAGGAUCUUUCAAAGGCCACUCAUGAAGAAGCAGUGGAAGCUUUUCGAAAUGCCAAGGAGCCCAUUGUGGUGCAGGUGUUAAGGCGAACACCUCUGAGUAGACCGGCCUAUGGGACGGCCCCAGAAGUGCAGCUCAUGAAUGCCAGCACUCAGACGGACAUCACCUUCGAACACAUCAUGGCCCUGGCCAAGCUUCGGCCAUCUACCCCUCCAGUGCCAGACAUCUGUCCAUUCCUGCUCUCAGACAGCUGCCAUUCUCUACAUCCAAUGGGGCAUGAAUUUUAUGAGGACAAUGAGUAUAUUUCCAGCUUACCUGCUGAUGCAGACAGAACAGAGGACUUUGAAUAUGAGGAGGUUGAGUUGUGUCGUGUUAGCAGUCAAGAGAAGCUGGGCCUGACAGUCUGUUACCGAACAGAUGAUGAAGAAGACACCGGUAUUUAUGUCAGCGAGGUAGAUCCAAAUAGCAUUGCUGCCAAAGAUGGCCGGAUUCGAGAAGGGGAUCGUAUUUUGCAAAUAAAUGGGGAAGAUGUCCAGAAUCGAGAAGAAGCAGUGGCUUUGCUGUCUAAUGAUGAGUGUAAGAGAAUCGUGCUGCUUGUUGCAAGGCCAGAGAUUCAGCUGGAUGAAGGCUGGCUGGAAGAUGAAAGGAAUGAAUUCUUAGAGGAGUUAAACUUGGAGAUGUUGGAAGAAGAGCAUAAUGAAGCAAUGCAACCCACUGCCAAUGAGGUGGAGCAGCCAAAAAAGCAAGAGGAAGAAGAAGGCACAACAGACACUGCAACAUCCUCAUCCAACAACCAUGAGAAGGACAGUGGAGUAGGACGCACAGAUGAAAGCUUGCGAAAUGAUGAGAGCUCAGAGCAGGAGAAUGCAGUUGAGGACCCCAACAGCACAUCUUUGAAGAGCAAGAGAGAGCUAGGGCAGAGUCAAGACACUCUAGGAAGCGUUGAACUUCAGUACAAUGAGAGCCUCAUGUCUGGUGAAUACAUUGACUCAGACAGCAUUGGCAACCAAGAAGAGGACUGUGAAAGAUUCAGGAAGCUCUUGGAGCUCAAAUGCAAGAUUCAAAAUCAUGGAGAGUAUGACCUGUAUUACUCAAGCAGCACAAUUGAAUGCAAUCAAGAGGAGCAAGAGGGAGUGGAGCAUGAGCUACAGCUGCUUAAUGAAGAGCUGAGAAACAUUGAGCUCGAGUGUCAGAAUAUCAUGCAGGCUCACAGGCUCCAGAAAGUGACAGACCAGUAUGGAGACAUCUGGACAUUGCAUGAUGGAGGAUUCCGGAAUUAUAACACCAGCAUAGACAUGCAAAGGGGAAAGCUGGAUGACAUCAUGGAACAUCCAGAAAAGUCUGAUAAGGACAGUUCUAGUGCUUACAACACAGCUGAGAGCUGCAGAAGUACUCCGCUCGCUGUAGACCGUUCCCCUGACAGCUCCCUUCCAAGGAUGAUCAACCUCACCAAUAAGAAAAACGUGAGAAGUACAAUGGCAGCCAACCAGUCCUCUUAUGAACAGAGCAGUAAAGAGUCAACCUCCACCAAAGUGAAAACCACAGAGCAAGGUUGUAGUGCUGAAAGCAAGGAGAAGAUUUUGGAAGGCAGCAAGCUUCCUGACCAAGAGAAGGCAGUCAGCGAACACAUCCCUUACCUCUCUCCUUACCACAGCUCCUCAUAUAGAUAUGCGAACAUCCCAGCACAUGCCCGGCAUUAUCAAAGCUACAUGCAGUUAAUCCAACAGAAAUCUGCAGUCGAGUAUGCUCAGAGUCAGCUCAGCUUGGUAAGCAUGUGCAAGGAGUCUCAAAAGUGUGCAGAGCCCAAGAUGGAAUGGAAGGUGAAAAUUAGGAGCGAUGGGACACGGUACAUCACAAAGAGACCAGUGCGAGACCGCAUCCUGAAGGAACGUGCCUUAAAGAUCAAGGAGGAGCGGAGUGGCAUGACCACAGAUGAUGACACCAUGAGCGAGAUGAAAAUGGGGCGCUACUGGAGCAAAGAGGAGAGAAAGCAGCACCUGGUUAGGGCCAAAGAGCAGCGCCGUCGCCGAGAGUUCAUGAUGCGGAGCCGGUUAGAGUGUCUCAAGGAAAGCCCUCAGAGUGGCAGCGAGGGCAAGAAGGAGAUCAGUAUCAUUGAACUGAGUCACAAAAAGAUGAUGAAAAAGAGAAACAAAAAAAUUUUGGACAACUGGAUGACAAUCCAAGAACUGAUGACCCAUGGGGCCAAGUCUCCGGAUGGCACAAGAGUCCAUAAUGCCUUCUUGUCGGUGACCACAGUAUGACCGGAUGAACGGAAUGCAUGCGACUGAUUUUAAGAGGAUGCUACCAGUUUCGGUAGAGUAUGAUUGCCUCGUUCAAUGUGGCGUUUUUAUAUAUAUUUUGUGACUCUUUAUAGUUUAAAUUUUUUGUAAGCAAAAAAAUACCUGGUAAUUUUUCAUUUGCUUUUCAUAUACUGGUACCUUCCUUUUGGCUGAGAUCUUUCUUUUACUUGUGAUAUAUUCAUAUUACUCGUUUAUAAAAAAAAUCAAAAACAAAAGGAGAGAAAACAAAAAAACUUGCACAAAAAUACUGAGGAGCCAACUAAUUUCCUACUUUAAUGUAUCUAAUAUAAGUGAAAAUCUGGAUUUAUUUCUCCAGUUUACUUAUUUUCUACUUUCAUAACAACUCAAUGCCAAAACAUGUCUAUGCUUGUUUCUUGGCAUAUGUUAUAAAUCAAACCUGUUCAUAAUAAAUCGUGUGCCAUAUCUUGUCUUGCACAUAAAAGCCACUGCUUUUUAACAUCCCCUUGUACAUUUAACUCAUAAAUUGCCAUUGUCUUUGUCUCAGUAAAGUGUAGGUGGACAAUCUCCCUGUGAUAUGUAGUGACAUUGGUCAUAUAGCUAGAUAAUUGUGGUAAUUGUGACAAUUAAAGAGAAAUAAAUUAUUGAUUAUCCUUCAGAAAA